AUGACUCAAAGUGUUAAUGUUAGGCAUGUGUUAAUUGCAGUAUCUGUUCCUGUAUCUUUACACUCGCUUGCUACGUCUGUUCUGGUCUUUAAUGGGUUGAAUUUCUCUGAUUGGAACGAACAAGUCCAAUUUCACUUAGGUGUUUUGGAUCUUGAUGUGGCUCUUCAAGUUGAGAAACCUACUGCUAUUACGGCUACUAGUAGUAAUGAAGAGAAAGCCCAUUUUAAGGCUUGGGAAAGGUCGAACAGACUUAGCCUGAUAUUUAUGCAAAUGAGUGUAGCAAGUAACAUCAAAUCAGCUUUUCCUAAAACUGAUGUUGCAACACAAUUUAUGAAAAAUGUGGAAGAGCGCUCCCAAACUGCUAAUAAGUCUCUUGCUGGGACAUUAAUGAGUACUUUAAUCACUAUGAAGUUUGAUGGUUCUCGUACUAUGCAUGAACAUGUCAUUGAAAUGACAAAUAUUGCAGCAAGACUUAAAUCUCUUGGAAUGGCAGUGGAUGAGAGUUUCCUUAUGCAAUUCAUUUUGAACUCAUUACCGUCUGAGUAUGGUCCUUUCCAAAUGAACUAUAAUACCAUGAAAGACAAAUGGAAUGUGCAUGAAUUGCACAGUAUGUUAGUUCAAGAGGAAACUAGACUUAAGAAUCAAGGAAAUCACUCCAUUCAUUAUGUAAAUAAUCAGGGAGUUGGAAAGAAAGCUGAUAAGAAACAUGGAAAGGGAAGUGGACCAUUAAAGAUUGGUGAGUCCUCUACUAAAAUCCAGAAGAAAAAUGACAAAUGUCAUUUUUGUGGGAAGUCUGGACAUUUCUAG